UAAAAAGAAAUUAAAAACAUUAGGCAACAAAAAAUAAAAAGCAAACACAAAAUUGGUGAAAUGGCUAUGACAUCUCCCAUCAUAACAGGUCUGUACCACUCCAAUCUGUCUUUGCCUCAGUAUGUUGCUUUAUCUCAAAGUAAUCUGUUUAAUUUCAUUUAUAUUUCCUUUACAAUUUAUGCAGGUUUGUAUCAGUUUUUAUGCCAAUCAAAAAUGGGCAAAAUCAAUCCUCUUUAAGAAUGUAUUCUUCCAAAAAUAUAUUCUUUUGAACAGUUUUUAUAAAUCUUUUCUCUCAAACUUGCUUUAACUUAGUGCCCCAGACAGACUUUCUCCUCAAGAGAAAGUGAAAUUUUUUCUUUCCAAGAUUUGAGGUUGACAUGGAGGUGUGUGUGUGUGUUCCUCUUGCAUGGGGCAAUGUGCUAAUUGUUGACCAAUGCAUUUUGGGAAGUUUCUGUGCUCUGAUUUGCUUCCCCCUUUUUCUCCCUCCCUCUUUCCCUUUUUAAUUUGUCUAGGAAAGGAAAAAGGAAAAAAAAAAGCCCUCCAGUGUCGUUUCCUGCAAAGACCAUUCUUAUGAGCCCAUUGGACAGUGUGGGGGGACUCUUGAAGUGAUAGCUAAUUGGCCAAAGAAAGGCUGUGAUUGUCUUGAGGGGGCUGGAAAGUGCCGCGUGUGCUUCUGAAAAGGACUAGGGAGAAGGUGCCUGGUUUCGCUAAGCAGCUGCUUUUGGAGAUGUUUGGAGAUUACAUCAGCACUGGGGGAAAAAAGAGCUGAAAAAAAAAUCCAACUUCAGAGAGAGAGCGAGUGAGUGUUUAUGGAGCCCCCCUAUUUUUCCCCUUCCAAAGAUCUUCUGACAAUACUGUUAUUGUCAAUAUAAGAGUUGUUAAUUCUUUAUGAAUGGUCCAUGGGGCCUCUUGACUAAAUAGUGUAUUACAUGUUCCAAAUCUGUCAGCUGGACUCUUCUCUCACAUGCAGUGAGAUCACUUGGAAUGGAACAUUUAUAGGAACAGCUCAGUUUGUCAUACAGCACCAAAUCCGACAACAUUAUAUAAUUAGAUCACCAGAAAUAGUGAUAGUGUUAAAAACAGUACAUCUCUCCAGCCCCAGCCCCAGCCCCAGUGGCUUCUUCAUUCUAGCUUAAACAUGGAAUCAGACCUUUUGAUGAUUGUGCUAAUUUUGAUUAUAUUAAUGAGAUUUAUUUUAUGGUCCUGCUUCAGUGUUUAUUUGGAUUACAAACAGGCACAAAGAUUUCCUGAAAAAAGGAAGGACUCUUGAAAGGGUUUAUAUGCAUUUUCAAUGGCCCAGAGACACCUUUUUGAAUAAUGUCCUAGGAGAAGGUGAAUUUUAUCUUUAAAAUGGUGACUCAAUGGUCCCUUUUUUUGUUUUGGUAGGAUCAACUGAAUAUGUCUGCAUGUUCAAGUGUGCAUGUGGUAUAUUUAAAGAAUCCUAGCCUUUAAUAAGAUACAAAUUGUAAAUUAGUCAAAUUAAGUGACAUUCCCUGUAAAAUUGUUCAUGAACUUGUUGCUGGAACAAAACUGUAACCAUUUGCUAUGUAAUUGCUUUGGUCUGGCCAAAUGUGACUUUGUUUUUUGAAAGUCUGGGCAGCCAAUCAGAGAAUUUCACAAUAUUGACAAGUCAUAUGGGAUCACUUCCUUCUUGCUGGCCAAGCUGUUGACCUGCUGCUUUUGUCUUCAGUAAACAACAGCCCAUGUCAACUUGAAUCGUGAAGACUGGCAUCCAUCUGAAGAAUUGAUUGCCUAUAUUUUUCAACAACCUGUUUUUUAAAGUGACUCUUCAGAAUUGUUUUUAUUAAAAUGAA